CGUAAACAUGGGAGGAGAAUGGUGGCAGUAAAGGGAACCAGCAAAGCUUCUGAUAAUAAGAUCAGAUCUGACGGCAGAUUAGAUGAGGCGAGGAGUGUGUUUGAAAUUGCGCGCCCGUAGCCCAUGUGAAGUCCACAGAAAGGACAGACGGAGUCGCCGGAGCGGUGGCGGUGGUACGGACAAAAAUAAGAUGCCCUUCUGGCCUUCUCCCUCCCUCUCUCUCGGCGCCACUGCACAAAGUUAAUUUGCCGCUCCAAGAUUUUUCACCGCUCCGGUGACGGAGGGAGAGGGUAACGGGACCCACAUGGUUUGGGAGGAAAACGAUUAAAUUAGGUACGGUAAUUAAUUGAUAUCGAAAAUUAGGUCACAUUUAAUUGAUAAUAGUAGUUUUGUGUUUGAAUCUAAUACGGUAUACAUAUUUGUGCAAAUUUCAAUUUCAUAUAAGUUGAUUUUCUUAUGAGGGAGCAUGCUAGUAAAUGGUAUCAUAUAUAUUAUUGAAUAUCUUUCAACAACUCGAUUUGUUUGAUACUAAAUGUUUUUUUACAAAGAACAUUAUUAGAAAGCUAAAUCAUGAAUUAUUGAUUGGUGUAGGAUUUAUUAUUAAACCUCUAUCAACAACUCGAUUUACUAAUACAAACAGUUCUUGACAAAGAACACCAUUUGAAACAGUACGAGUGUACGACUAACUAAAUCAAUAAUUCUUUGGUACGCAGAAUGAUAUUCUUGAUAUUUUUUACUUGCAUUUUAGUUGACAACAAAUUUUCAAUUUAAUUAACAAAAGCUAUUUUAUCAUGUGUAUUUUUUUUCUAGGUGGACCCACCUUAAAAGAAAUUCUGGUUAUGCCACCGACUCGGGCUAUAAUUAAUUAAUAAUAAAAUACUGCUUUGCUAAAAUGCCACGUGAAUUUUCUGGCACAGGUACGUAGUACUUUUUCUGCGCAAAAAUAAUCGCCGAGUUUUAUGGGCUUUGGGAUCAUGUUUGAGAAAAGGCCUAACUUGGAUAGAAAAGACCGUAGCCCAGCCCACAAAGCAGCAGAACUUGCACUUGAAGGAUCAAAGGUUCACCAGAGUCCCACUAUCAAUCUAUCAUCAAUGAAUCAAAUUUUUGCACUACUUGUAAAAUGAGCUCCGUAGCAAUGCUGAUUGUUGUAAGUAUCACUCAUAUUCAUAUAAGACAUGAAAAAGAACAAUCAACUGGUCCACUACUCAAUUGCAAGAGCAGUGACAUUGAUCUUGCAUUUCAAAUUGUAAGAUGAAAUGACAUGGUUUUUGCAAUUGAAUAACCAAUUGCAUUAAUAUGGCACCCAUUGCAUAUUUGUAAAUUUGCCAUUUCUUAUAUGUAAGUUAAAAUCACCUACAAAUAUUAUUUUUUAUUUUCUUUGUUUUAUCACAAUUUAUACAUAAUAUUAAAUUACAUAUGCAAUUGAAAAUAGAUUGAAUUAGAAAUGGAAGUUUGGUACCGGUAUUUGGAUAUAUCGAACCGAAUUUAUAACUAUAUGAUAUUAUCGAAUACCGGUUUAUUUUUAGGGAUUUGGAUUGAGAUUCAUUGUAGAGUGCUUUCCGAUAUUCGAGAUUAUUGGAUUGGGAUCGACAUAUACUGAAAUACCGAUAAGCGACAAAAAAAUCGAAAAUUAAUGAAAUAUAGCACACAACCUUUGGUCAUUCUCAUUCCUCGCUCUUUCACAAUUCACAAGCCCCCAUUCAACCCCAUUUUGACUUUCUAGUUUAGCCACUCUCGUAUCUAACCUAAUUUCUUGUUAUUUUCAUAACACCAAAAAGCAAACACUAGUAUUAGCCGUCUCUCAAUCUCCAAUCUUUCGAAUUAAAGAUAACUUGAGAUGUCACCUCUCCUCGCUUCUUCUUAUCCAUGCUCUAACUCUAAUCAAACUCAAGACCUUUUCCCUAGUGUCGUUCCCCUAAAUUAGUCAACAAAAUCUAAUUUAUAUAUUUAAUUAUGCUCCAAUUUAUAGGCGCUUGACCUAUACUGUAAGAAUGAAGAUGUGGCACUGGCAGACAUAUAGAGGGUGUCGUGUACAAUGUUGAUGGUGAGUCUUAGUUUAUAUUAGGGUUAAUAGCAUUAUGUGCCCCUCUAUUACAGUAAAUUAACAAACAUACCCUUUUACUAAAUUUUUGUACAAACAUAUCCUUCUAAUAUUAAAACGUAACGAAUUUACCAUUCCAUCCAAUUAUCCAUUAAGUAGCCGUUAAAAGAGUUGUGAAAUGACUCAAUUGCCCCUCAUUUACUUCUAAGCACUCCUAAUUUCGGUUUUAAUUGUAUUAUUAUAUUUUAAAUCAAUUAAUUAAAUUAACAAAACCCCUAAACUAAUUCACACCCAGUCGACAAAAACCAUCCGUCUCCCUCCCCUGGCAAUUAGUCCCUGGCGCCGCCUGCUCCCGGCAGCUUCACGAUGUCCGUCGCCAACGACAUCAAAUCCUCCUAGUCCUUCCUGCCAAAUUCCAAACGCCGCCCUCGACGUCACGCCGCAACUCAUCUGGAAGAUCAACCUGGAGUGGUGCGAACGAUGACCCCUGCCCCUGCACCAUGGAACUUAAGCAAAUCGAAUGGAUCAGAUUCGCGACCGCCUGGCUCCGGAUGGAGGCGAACGACUUGACCUGGCUCGGGCUCUCUCCGCCAAGGUGAUGUUGUGGUCCUUGAGUAUUUCCUUAGUGAUUUUGGGAGAGAAGACAACGACGAUGAAGAUUUGGCCGAGCUUGAGCGGGAAGAGUGGGUCGUGCUUCCGUGCUAAUCGAUGGAGGGCAUGGUGGAGUUUGGAGGAGGAGAAGUUGAUGAGGUUGUGGAGGUUUCCAAAAAGGGGCAGAGCUGCCGGCCCUAUAGGGAGGUUCACGAGAAUGGAUGAUUUGCUGGUGGCGGUGGAUCUAUUUGCUGCCGCAAAGAUGCUUCAGUGAGGGUGCGGGGAAAUUUCAAAGACUCCAUAAGGGUUUGAUUUUUCAAUUAAUUAAUUUGUGGCAU